UUGGUACUGGGCGACGGAUACCUGACCACGGCGGGCACCUUCCGCAACGACAAGAAGGUGGGCCGGCUGCCCGACCGAGGACGCGUCUUCGAGUGCCUGAACCGCUGCGAGAGGAAUCCCCCGUGCGCCUGCAUCAGGAUGUCCAACACCAAGAAGCCGUCGUGCGACCUGCUCACCCCGUUCCCGCACGGCAAGCCGCUCGUGGCUAAAGGGUUCAUCUACUAUGCCGCGAACAAGUACAGGGACACCCUGUAUAACGAUUCAGGCGCCGGCGUCAACUACGCGCUGAAGAAGAAGGCGCAGCAGAGCUCCACCUACGAGCUGUACGGCAUCCACUACACGCCGGAGAAGGCGGUGGACGGGUCGCACAACACGGACGGCCUGAAGCCGCCCUACUUCGCCCACACGGCCGACUCGUACUGGAACGAGCUGUGCCCCUGGUGGAUGGUCGACCUGGCGCAAGACAUCACCGUCACCGGCGUCCGCAUCAGGAACCGCAAGGAGUGGGGCGACCGGCUGCACGACUUCGACGUGCGCGUGGGGCCCGUGCCCAUCACGUCCGAGUUCAACGACGUGCACUUCAAGGGCAACACGCGCUGCCACUACCACGAGAAGGGCGGGAUCGAGGAGGAGGCGCUGCUCUUCCUCGAAUGCAAGCCGUGCCCCGUGCGGGGCCGCUACGUGUCCAUCCAGAUCACCCAGAACUGCACCGACUGCAUGGAGCCCCUCAAGAACGUGCUCCAGCUCGCUGAAGUCGAGGUGUUCGGCCUGCCCUAGGCUACCACCUCGCCCAAGCUCCGUCCACGGGGUGCGCUCACAGACGACCUUCCACCCAAUCGUUGAGGUGCUUAGAUAAUAAAGCCGCGUCGUUGCACGCC